AUGCCCUCACCGCACACCUCUUUCCCCUCCUCCACAGUUGACAACUUCCUGCCCGUCAUGAAGCCCACUAGUUCCCUUGUCUUGGCAGCUCUCACUAUCAUUGAGUCUGUAAUAGCAGCUCCACUCAUCACCGAGCAGGCCAACAGUACCGGCCCCAGGUUCUACAAUGGUUCAUGCACUGCGGACACCAUAACCAUCCGGAGAGAGUGGCGCACUCUAAGCGCAGAGGAGAAGGCCGCGUACAUAGACGCUCAACAGUGUCUCAUUAGGCUCCCUGCCAAGUCCGGCCUUCAAGCAGUUACCUCGCGCUUCAGCGACCUCCAGGGAUCGCACAAGUCUUACACCGACACCAUCUACGGCGACAUCAUCCACUACGUCGGCCAGUUCCUCCCAUGGCACCGCAUGAUGAUGCACGCCUUCGAGACCCUGAUGCGCAACGAGUGCAACUACACAGGCACGAUGCCAUGGUGGGAUGAGCAAAAGGACGCCGAUUCCGGCAACUUCUUCGGCUCCAAUAUGUGGGAUGCCGAGACUGGCUUCGGCGGCAACGGCACCGGGGCCGAGGGCUGCCUGACCGAGGGCCCCUUCGCCAACACGACCGAGCACAUUGGCCCCAUGCUCGAGUACACGACGUACUGCCAGAAGCGCAUCUGGGACAACGAGUACGGCGUCACCACCGGCAACAGCACCCUCAUCGACCUCUGCAACAGCUACGAGACAUAUGGCGAUUUCUGGUACUGCAUUGUGCGUGGAUCCACCCUCUCAUCCUGCUGCCUGUGGCCCUUUGCUAACGGUAUUGUCAACCAGUCAUACUGGCCACACCACGGAGCCCACACGGCAACGGGAGGUCUCAUGGCCGACAAGGACGCCUCGCCCGGCGACCCGGUCUUCUACCUGCACCACAACUACAUCGACCGCCUCUGGUGGAAGUGGCAGGCCGCGGACGGCGAGGCGCGGCUGUGGGACGUGAGCGGCAACACCGUCAACGAGACCCAGUUCCCCCAGCAGGCCGGCGUCAAGACCUCGCUGGACACCGUGAUCCAGCAGCAGAACAUCAUCCCGGACCUCCAGGUCCGGGACGUCAUGAAUGCCCAGGGUGGAUUGCUUUGCUAUGAUUACGACUAUUGA